UUUUUUUUUUUUUUUCUUGUCCGAGCAUCAGAUCCAUCUUUUCUUUAAAAAAAAUAUAAUUAAAUAAAAGAUCAUGGAAUACGAAGAUGUUUUGACGAAUCAACCCGUUGUCAUCGACAACGGAUCUGGAGUCAUCAAGGCCGGCUUUGCUGGAGAUGACCAACCCAAGUGCUUCUUCCCUUCUUUUGUGGGACGACCAAAGCAUGUCAGGAUUAUGGCAGGAGCAGUCGAAGGAGAUGUGUUUAUUGGCAAGAAGGCACAGGAAUUGCGAGGCUUACUCAAGAUUAAGUAUCCGAUCGAGCACGGCAUUGUGCAGGAUUGGGAUGAUAUGGAGAAAAUAUGGCAGUAUAUCUACACGGAUGAACUCAAAACCAUGUCUGAAGAGCAUCCAGUUUUGUUGACUGAGGCACCCUUGAAUCCAAUGAAGAACCGUGAGAUGGCAGCCCAAAUCUUUUUUGAAACUUUUAAUGUCCCCGCCCUCUUUACCUCCAUACAAGCAGUCUUGAGCUUGUAUUCAUCUGGACGAACAACUGGAGUGGUUCUUGACUCUGGAGAUGGUGUGACUCAUGCAGUACCUGUGUAUGAAGGCUUCGCUAUACCCCAUGCGAUCCAACGUGUUGAUAUCGCCGGCAGAGAUGUCACGGAACACCUGCAGCUCUUGCUUCGCAAGGCAGGCUAUCACUUCCACACCACCGCUGAGAAGGAAGUUGUGCGUAUUAUCAAAGAAAAGAACUGCUACUUGGCGGUUUAUCCCGCCAAAGAGGAAAAGGAUGCAGGGGAGAAGAAGGAGGACUUUAUUUUACCUGAUGGAAACACGAUCAAGCUGGGAACCGAGCGAUUCAGAGCACCCGAGAUUCUUUUCAACCCAGAGCUUAUUGGACAGGAAUUCCCUGGUAUCCACCAGGUUGUUGUCGACUCAAUUAGUCGUUCAGAUAUGGAUCUUCGCAAAUCGCUUUACGCCAACAUUGUCUUGUCAGGAGGAUCAACUUUAUGCAAGGGUUUCGGUGAUCGCCUCUUGAACGAGGUGAAGAAACUGGCUCUGAAAGAGAUCAAGAUUAAAAUCUCAGCACCCCCAGAGCGUAAAUAUAGUACCUGGAUCGGAGGGUCUAUUUUGGCCUCUUUGAGCACAUUCAAAAAGAUGUGGGUUUCUGCAGAAGAAUACCAGGAGGAUCCUUAUAGAUGUUUCUCUUCUAUGUGGUAGUAAGAGUAUUACCUCAUAUCUGAUCAGUGUUACUCAAAAUGAAGAAAGACGAACAAGGCGUUUUUAAUGAGAAUAAAAAGUAUAAAAAAUUAUAAAUCUG